AACUGGUUGAGGCACGUGGCUGCGCCUGGACCGCAUUCAUUCCGACAACUCCUCUGACCAAAGAAAGGUACUGUUAUUAGGUUCACCUCUGCGACUCAUGGCCAAAGUCAACUGUGGUUCGUCCGGUUGCAGGGCCAUGGUCAUGGCUGGCCAGUUUUGGACCAAACCGUCCGCUCUGAGUCCGCAAAGGAGCGGUCCCCAUUGGCGGAGCGCUGCAGAGGUGAACCGGCGCAUGAGCUCUUCUAGCACCGCGGGACAUGGCAGCAAAACCCCGCUGUGGAGCCAGCAAGAGUCCCUCAACCACUCGUCCCUGGGCGAGCGCAGCGCCUGGUCCAACCGCACGCUGAUCUACAGAGAUGUCAAAGCUUUCCUCCGUGAGAUUGGAGGAGACCCGCGGGAGGCGCGCUACUGGCUGACACACUUUCAGCGGGCCGGGUCCACUCCUGCCUUCGCGGUGCUGGAGGUUGACCCUUCAGUGUUUGAUAGUCAUGAGAUGGUCCAGAGUUUGGCCUUCGGGCUCUCGUUCCUGCAGCGGAUGGAUAUGAAGCUUGUGGUGGUGAUGGGACUGCCUGCUGAGAUUACGGACGACGACCACACCAGAACUGCCACUGAUUGCCCUCUCGCCAGGACUGUGAUGGUUAAACACUGUCAAGCUUUAACGGAAGCACUUCAGGACAACUCCGCCAAUGUGAUGCCUUUCUUUAGUUCAGAGGCACUUUUACAACUGCAGGACAACCCUCUGGACGGCAGCAGCAGUGGGCCGUCAGUGGUUGUGGACUCUGCUCUUCUGCAGUGGACUCUGGACUGUCGAGUGAUUCCUCUAGUGUGUCCAGUGGGUCGUGAUGCCACCGGUCGUUCUUCGAUCCUUCGCUCCAUCCAGGUGACCACAGCCAUCUCACAGUCACUGCAGCCUCUCAAAGUCAUCUUCCUGAACAGCUCAGGGGGAAUCCGCAAUCAAAACCACAAGGUCCUGGGUUUGGUGUCAUUGCCGGGUGAUUUGCCAGCGUUGAGCUGUGCAGAAUGGCUGAACAAGGUGGAGCAGAGACGCAUCGGCAGUAUAGCAGAGCUGCUCAAUCUGUUGCCGGUGGAGAGUUCAGCUGUGCUCACCUCCGCAAACACACUCCUCACUGAGCUCUUCAGUCACAAAGGCUCCGGUACCCUGUUUAAAAAUGGAGACCCUAUACGCAGAUACAGCAGUCUGGAGGACAUUGAUGUUGACCGUCUGCUGGUGCUGAUUAACAAGUCUUUCGAGAAGAAUCUGAGAGAGGAUUAUAUAGCAUCUCUGGAGGGCAGACUGCAUUCUGUUUACCUGUCUGAAGGGUACAGUGCAGCUGCUAUAAUCACCACAGAGCCUGUGAACAGCGGCACUCCAUACCUGGACAAGUUUGUGGUCAGCAGCAGUAAACAAGGGCAAGGAACUGGGCAAAUCCUAUGGGAAUGCAUUCGUCAGGACUUCAGCAAGCUCUUCUGGAGAUCCCGCACCACUAACCGCAUCAAUCCCUGGUACUUCAAGCACUGUGACGGCAGUUUUGUAAACGGCCAUUGGAUUGUAUUCUGGCUUGGUCUUUCGGACAUCCGUGAGUCUUAUGAACUGGUGGAGUUCGCCAAAUCUCAUCCUGACUCCUUCUGCUCUCUCUCUACAACAGAGACCGAACCUCUUCAGCAACACCACGGCUCAUAAAACCUCAAAAAACUCAUCCUGGAGGUCACUGCAUCAGGCUGAGCUUCAGAUCUUAAAGGGGAUAGUUCACACUUAAACUCACUAUUAUUUUUACUCACUCUCAAGUGGUUCUGAAGUUCUCAAGUGGUAGUGAGUUUCUUUCUUUUGUUCACAACAUUCAAAUUGUUCAUUUAAGAUCUUCAACCAUAGCUACAGUACUACAAUGGUUACCAGUUCACAACUUUCUUCGAAAUAUCUUCUUUUGUGUUACACAGAAUAAAGAAACUCAAGUUUGGAACAAGUCAAAGGUGAGUAAAUGAUGACUGAGUUUUCAAUUUUGGGUGAACUAUCCUUUUAACACAGUGUCCUGUAGUACUGUAAUAUUGGUUAAACAUCUUUAAUAAACAAUUCUAAUGUUGUGCACAAUCCUCCUUGACUUAUUCUUAAAAUUAAAGGUCCCGAAUGCAGCAACUACAUAAAAGAAGUGCCACAGAAGCCUUUAGCACAGAUUUGUGUAUUGUUAUUUAGUGUCUGCUGAAAAUAACUUGUCCAAACAAAAGAUCAGUUUCUCAACAUAUUAGUAAU